AUGGGUGUUGUCAGGGAGACUAUCGGCCUUCUUCGGACGCGUUGCCUGAAAUCUGCAUCCAGCAGACAGAAGCUACUUCGACCGUCAGUUGGUGACAAUUCGGCUGCAGGACGCCGCAUUAUCCCAGCUCCUAGCCAUGAUGCAAACAUUGGAGUGCGGAUUGACAGGGGUGUUCAGGUUGGGAACCUCGUCAAAAUUUACGUCCAGCCAAACAAGAACGCUACCAAUAAGACUAUACGAGAAAUGGCGAACAAAAAUAGUCACCAAAACAUUGCGGAAACCUGGGUUAAUGUCGAAGACCCUGUCGAUAACACAACCGUCGACAAAGUGUUUGAUGCCCUUGAUGAGUGUGCUAAAGAGAAUGGACAUUGA